AUGGUGACGGUGCGCCGCGUUGUGUGGGUGUUGGCCGCUGCUCUGUGCUGCACGGCCUUGUGCGUGACGGCUUCUGCGCCGGCGAGGGCGGCACCACUGAGCAAGGAGGAAGCUGCAAUGGCCAAGAAGAGUGCCAAGGAGCUUGUUGCGGAGGCUCUGGAGAAGGCGGAGGCUGCGGCUUCGGCUGCCGAGGAUGUCGUGCAGAGUACCCUCGAUGUUUCUGGAGCCGCCACGAAGGAGGCGAGGACAUCUGUGGGAGGGGCGGGGCGCAGUGCGUGGGCAACGAGGGCCGGCAGGGUUGAAAGUGCCGCAGAUGCCGCGAUGAAUGCAAGGGAGGAGGCUGCACCGGCGUGGUGGACUGCAAUCAGGGGCGUUGUGAAGGCAAAGGGCGCGCUGCAGACGGCCACGGAGGCGCGUGUGGCCGCUGCGAUGGCGGAGGCGAAGGCUUUGCUGGGGGAGAGGGGCGCGGAGGACGAUGCGUGGAACGCCAGGGACGCGGCGGAGCAGGCGGUUGCGGCAGCAGCGAAGGCCCUGCAGGCAGUGACGAUGGCGAACGAGGCAGCGUGGGAGGCGAAGAAGACGUCGGAGCACGUCAUGCAUACCGCGUGGUUUUCGAACCCCCCCACCCAAGGGCGACGGCAGGUCGACCUGGUCGCAACGAAGAUGGCUGAUGGUGUGGAGGCGCAAGUUGAGGCUGCAAAGGUUAUCGCCAAGGAGGCGCAGGAGCACGCGCGUCGCGUGAGCGACCGCCAAACAAGGCAGCGGCCUUCACGUCGGGGGCGGAGAGGGGCGGCUGAUGCCUUCGCCGUGGCCAAGGAGGCGGCGGAGGAGGCCACCAAAAUCGCGGACGAGCUCAUUGCUCUCGUGGCGAAGGCUGAGAAGUACGCGAAAAGCGCUGGCGACGUGGCGAAGACAAUCAUGACGGAGGAGCAGACAAACCCCGCAACGAAGAGCGAGGCAACCGCGGACAGCGCCAGGGUUGCGAUGAAUAAGGCCGACGAUGAGGAGGUGGUGGCCAAGCAGGCAAUCGUGAGGGCCAUGGCAGCAGCGGUGAAAGCGAAGUUGGCUGCGGCGAAAGCGGAGAGGAUGUCCGAUGCGGAAACCCAGGAUGCGGUGGACAGGGCCGUGGUUGCAGCCGAUCAAUCCGUUGGCGCUGCGAAGUUGGCGUUUAUGGCCGGGCUGGACGCGUGGACUGCGGGGAACCGCGCCCUGGUGGCCGCGAGGUACUCGGAUUCCACGUACCUGGAAAGGUUUGUGAGCGGUAUGGUUGCCUCAAGGAUGGCGGCCACCGCAGUCUCCUCAGCGGCGACAGCAACGAAUACCGCUAAGACGGUGAGUACAGAUGCCGAUGCUAUUAAGCUGCUUGUGAAGGGUGACUAUAGCAGAAAUUCUUUGCGGGGGCGUGCAAAACUGAUGCUGCUGCUGCUGCUGCUGCUGGCCUGUGUGGCCGUGUGGUGA